CUCCGACUGGAUGGGAGAGAUUGCUGAAUUAUUACUGCUGAUCUGACAUGAAGAGGAAUCAUUCCCACUAGGUCCCCUGGGCACAGCAUGAACCAAAUCUUUAGUGUCCUUUAUACUAGACCAGACUGCCCAAACUAUUGCACUAAUCGCGCCCAACAGUGUGAAAAUAACCGACACUAGAUUGGGGGAAUAACUAAUGGUUGAGGUUGGUUGAGCGGCCUCGACCUUGCAGUUUGACAAUACGUAUUGUGAAUAUUUUUGGAAAUGGGCUACGUCUGUUGUUAGCAUUUGCUCACGUACGUGUAUUUACGACGAACUAAGACCUAGCUUUAGACACUGAGCUCGAACGUAGCCGUGAUCUUGCGUGGGCAGUACGGUGUUGGCCGAUCCAAUUAUCGGUGUGUCUUGUUCCGUAACAAGGAGGUACAUAUGUACACGGUCUGUUGAAAGUUCGUGAGCUGUGGACAGACCUGACGCUUCCAUGUGAGUAGAGUUUUGUUGUAGCUUCCCACCUGUAUGUCACACGCGUUGAAACAACCGCCAUCGUCCAUGGAUGCGGAAAGUUACGAGCUGGAGGCUUUGGAGAAGCGGAAUGCGGGAGAUUAUGGUCCGAAGGAGGCUCUCCAGGAGAACGGCGAGUCCAGCACUGCCACCGUAGCUCUAGAUGACUCCUCGUUCCUGUGUUUCCUGGGAGUUGAGUAUGAAGAUGAAUCCGCCAGGUAUGACCUGGUGAGGGCCACGAUUGGCAUGGGGAAUGCUAUACGACUUAAUGAAAUGCUUGGCCAGUGGCAGGAGGCAGGCUUGUUGAGGGACUGGCGAAACGAGGAAAACCUGACCUUGUAUACUGAUGCCAUCACGGAUGGCUACAUCGAUGUCGUCAAUAUUCUCCUGAAGUACGACAUUCCUCUUGGAGAUGCCCUGAUUCGAGCCAUCGACGUGGAGUUUGAAGAGGCGGUCAAGGCGAUUUGCUGCUAUGUACAAAUUCAAGAGGAUAUUCUGGAAUCAGUUCUGAACUGUCAUUCUGACAAUGACGAUUUCCACCCAGCCAUAACACCCGUGAUUCAGGCAGCGCAGAGAAAUAACUUUGCAACGGUCAAGAUGCUUCUGGACCUUGGCGCUAGCAUCACCGAGCCCUCGAUGUCUCAAGGCGGUGACGUGACCUUGACCCAGGCUAUCUCCACCUUACACAUCUACCGCGCCCUCUCACAGCCCGCCUACAUCCUGGCCACCCAGACGGACAUCUUUGGCCACGCCUUCCAGCUGAGCGCCAAACUCAAGACGUUGAGCCGCACGUGGGAGGACUUCGGGGCCGAGUACGAGCAGAUGGCGCGCGGCGUGGAAGUCUUCGCAGGAGAGAUGCUUGGAGAAUCAGCUUCAACCAAAGAGAUUUUAGCCCUGUUCCGGUAUCACGACACGGACAAGUACCGUGACGAAGAGGGUAAGCAACACCCCCUUGCCAAAUUGUUUGAGGCCAUCGACUACAAGCAGAAAGAGUUCAUAGCCCACCCCCAUUCCCAGAAGGCCAUCAUCGUGCAGUUCUACAGGAAUCUUCUUGAUUGGAACGAGCGAGGAAUCUUCUAUCAGAUCCUUCUGACGCUGUUUGUCCUCUUCGGCUAUCCCAUCAUAUGCUUCCUCUACAUCUUUGUGCCCGUGCGCAGUGUGACUUCCUUUGUAAGACUUCCAUACAUCAUGAUGUUGAUGAAGGCCGGAUCCGGCUUUACGUUCCUCGCCUUCAUCGUUACAGUAAACGCCACUAAUCAGCACGAGUACCCACGGACUGUUGAGGCACUGUACCUGCUCAUUUUGAUUUGGGUCCUCGGUAAGUCACUGGCCGAGUUCUCGGUGUCCGAAAAUACUGAUCGCCAUGACUUCCGAGACUCAAGUCUAAGUUUCACCACACUUAAAUUAAAUGAGUGGAUAUGUCACUACAAUAAACAUGGCCAAGCACACACACAGUGGAAACGUUCCCUGAUGUGUCAUAAAUCCCUGUUGUUUUCUUCAACUGACGACCUUGUCACCAACUCCGUAGGUUUGGCAUGGUCACAUCUUAGUGUCAUCCGGAAACAUGGACCGCAGAAAUAUCUGUCUGACGGUAUCAAUCUCUAUGAAGUUGUCAUCGUAGGACUUUGCAUUGCGGUGUUCUGCCUGCAGUUGGCUGGCCGUAACCAAACCUCUGAGGGUGUCUUUGAGCCUGAUUGGACAAACAAGUCAAAUCUCGGAAACGAGACCUAUGCCGACCUGCUGAAUCAGGUGGCAGAAGUGACUGAUGUUCUGAGGGGAAGGCUCAAUGACACUUCCAUUGAAGGUAUCAAUGGAGCUAUCGAGGAGGUGCUCUCUGGGUGCCGGCCCCUGAUCUCCAUCGCACCACCAUCACUGCCGCCCCCACUGCGAGCGACCAUCGAACUCGAUCAGUUCGAGCCGGCGGUGGUGGCCCGCGCCUUGUUCGGCGUGGCUAUCACCGUGUCCGUCCUGCGCCUGCUAAACCUUCUCCUGGUCAGCGACACUGUCGGUCCGCUUCGCAUCUCCCUUGGAGGGAUGGUGGACGACAUCAUCAAGUUCUGUGGCAUCUUCCUGAUCAUUUGGUUUGCCUUUGCCAUCGGCCUGUUUCAGAACUUCUACUCGGCUGGUCAGACGGCCACGCGGGCCUGCAUUGAGCAAGGACGAGAUUCUGAUAGUUGCCACAUGAUUGUUGGAUUUUCGACGUUCGUGGGUAGCGUUCAAGAUCUCUACUGGUCUCUGUAUGGCUUGACUGAGAUAGAUGUGCUUGAACUGCCUGGUAAGAAUUCCGUCGCAGAGGGCGUGGGUACGUUUCUCUACGUCUGUUAUCUGAUCGUUGCUGUGCUCGUGCUGUUGAACGCCCUCAUCGGCAUGCUAUCCAAUACCUACAACCUCACCGAGGAAAAUGCCGAUACGGAGUGGAAGUUCCACCGUGCCGCUGUCUGGGCCUCUUACCUGCGUCCCGUAGCGACCCUACCGCCACCCUUCAACCUUAUCCCAUCACUCAAGACUGUGUACCGACUCUUCAGAUGUGCGUGUCAAAUAUGUUCAGGAUGUACCCGACGCCGCGGUGAUCAGAAAGAGAUUCAUGCAAAAAGUGAACUCCAGGAUUACAAGCGAGUGUUGAAGCUCGUCAGCAGCAGGUACAUCCAAGCUAACCUGUCGACAGAAUCACAGAACUCAGAGGGAGUGCGGCCGCGGGACCUGCAGACACUACGGAACGACAUCCUGUCAUUCAAGUACGCUGUUCAGGACCGACUUGCAUCCGUCAACCAGACAAUCAAGGCUUCGGCUGACAAGUCCUCAAACAUCGACAGGAAGCUUUACGAUUUGGAUCCAGUGAAGGAGCGGACACAGAACCUUGUCAGCCGAUCCUCUCUGCUGACUGACACUGUGGAUACCCUGCAUCUUGAAACUGAUAGAGUGCACAAGGAGCAAGAGACCCACCUCUUGCAGAGGGAACAACAUUUGUCGGAGAUGGAAGAAACCGUAGAUGCACUCCAGACAGAGAUGGAGGAGCUGAAGAUGGCGAGGGACGAAUCAGUGAAGGAGCUGCAGGAUAUCAUCAAAGGGCUACAGCAAGAUAAAAUUGGGCUCACUACCACACUUCAAGGACUCGGCAAAGACAAGGCAGAGAUCCUGCAAGAGAUUAGUGAACUCAAAGCAGAGCAAUCGGUGAGGGAUAAAGCGAGAGACCAGCAAGAGGUGCGGUUGCUGGACAUCAUCCAAGAACUCAGACAAGAGGGGGUGGUCCUCACAGACACUCUUAAGGCACUCAGUGAAGACAAGGUAGUGCUUACUCAGCAGGCUGAUGAUCUCAAGAAAGACAACUCAGCAAAAGAAAUGAUGAGAGUCAAGCUAGAGAGUGAGCUGCAGGAUAUGGUCCGAGGACUCCAACAAGACAAGACUAUCCUUACAGACGAACUUCGAGGGGUUUGUGAAGAUAAGACAGCGCUCAUGCGACAAGUCAAUCAACUCGAGAGUGACUACUUAGCAAAGGAGGAGAUCAGAAACCAGAGGGAGGCGGAGCUGGAAGGCAUCAUCCGAGGACUCCAACAAGCCAAGACCAUCCUCACGGGCACACUUCAGGGCCUCAAUGAAAACAAGACUGAGCUCUCACAGCAGGUCGAUGAAUUGAAGAAAGAUCAUUCGGCGAAGGAGAUGACAAGAGACCACAAGGAGGCAGAAUUGCAGGGCAUCAUCGGUGGACUUCAACACGACAACGCUGCCCUCACAGAGACACUUCGUGGACUGCGCGACGAUAAAGCUGAUCUCAUAAGACAGAUUGGCGAACUAAGCGAGGAGCUCCAAAAAUCUAGACGCACGCCACCACCAAGGCCUAAACCACGACCCAAACAAAAAGCUACACCCGAACGCGACUCAUUGUCUGAUUGGGAUAAUGUCCCAGAAGCUAAACCGGAGCAAUAUCCAGGAAAGCUCGACAAAAGACAGGAGGUGAAACCCGGGUCCAAAUCUAAUUAUAGAGGAGACUCACAGUCUGGUUGGGAAGAUGGGCGAGUAAACGAUCCCCCAAACUCUCCUCUUAGCCGACCUCGGUUCCAAAAGUCACCUGUUUCUGAGAGUAGCCAGAAGGCGGAAGAGAAGCCAGGGCCAAGACCUGAUUCUGAGCAAGAGAGGGCACUGCACGCAGAAGCAGGAGAACACCCAUCUGAACAGCGAGAGACAACAGAGGGAAAUGUAGGAUUCCUACAGAAAGUUGUUCGUGCCGUAGAACAAUUUAUGGAAUAAAUUCGUUUGAGAUGACAUUCUUCAAUAAAUCGGGAAUGUGAUUCAAUAACUUAAAAAAGGAAAAGGAUUGGAAAUAAAACGAAAUUAUUUCAGGGGUAAAAAUGAAAACAUUAAAUUUUAACUCUAGUUAACAAGAUUUGAAUGUACUAGUAUGCCAACCUUUUAGUAUAAUAUUUUGGUACAUCCGAAAUUACCUCAGAAUCUUGUUCUGUAGCCUUUUCAUAACUUUAGGUUAAACGUGUGCAUAUAACUUACUGAAUAUGUUUUAUUGGAUUGCGGUUAACUUUCUAGCUCCGGCCUGAAAUGUUUCUGAAUCCACCAAGGCUGUCUUUGUUCACUUCUUGUGUGACUCCUUUGACUUCACCAAAAUGACAUCCAAGACAAUUUCCUCCCUACAUUUGUGAAUUCAAAUAUUUAUGAAUAUCUCUCUAGUUUGUUACGUUCUUUCCAUUCUGUUUGUUAAAUGUUGCAUUUGUUUUCUUUUAUUCCUGAUUGUACUAAAAUAUUGUAUUCAAAGUGUCUACAUAUGUUGUAACUUGCUUAAAUUUCAAAGUAAAUUUUUGAAAAUGUGACAGUAAACCUCUGCCUUUAGGCAACAUAAAAACUGUAGUGUUAAUCUUUUUAAAAUAUCAAGCAUAAGUAACUCUUAAUUUCUCGCCAAAAUUUAUUAAAGUAUUCGGUAUACUUUUACUUUGAGCAAGCAGCAAUCUCAGGAUACUAUUCUUAAUACCUAAUCCUUAUUAAAAUUCGUUCAAAAUAGAUAAAACGUCGAAAAUUAACCCCUUGUAGUAUGUUUUGCCAAAAUUUAAUAAAACUUCAAAAAAGCUCCUUGCAAUAUUGUUGUUCACAAUGGAAUAAAAUCCCCCAAACACCCUUGAAAUUCAUUUCAGCCAAAAUUUUUAAAACUGUAAGACUCGCGUCUUAUAAAUGUUUGUUUUCUUUGAAAUUCUUUAAUUUAACCUUAGAGUUUAGUUAAGCCCUUGCAAUUUAUUUUGUCAAAAUUAGUUAAAACUGCAAGACUAACCCUUGUAAUUCCCUUUUCUUUGAAAUUCUUUAGAAUUCUAAGGUCAACCCCUUGCAUUUUUAAAUUGAUAAAACUUAAUUUCUUGCUUUCUUGAUUUCUUUGAAAUGAAUUUCCAUUAAAGCAGCAAGGCUAACACCUUGCAACUUUCAUUUUUUUCAAUUUCAACUUUUAAAGUGAAGCCCUUCAAAUUAAUUCAGUCAAAAAUAUUUAAAACUGAAAGACUAACCCCUUUAACUUUGGAUGUCUUUGAAAUUCUUUAAAUUUCUACGGUUAACCCUUUGCAACUGAUCAGUCAAAAUUAAAACAUCAAGACAACUCCCUUGCAUCUUUAAAUUCCUUGACAUUUCUUUCAAAUUCUAAGGUUGACCCCUGGCAAUUUCUUUUGAUCAUAUUCAAUUAAAACAACAAGACUAACCCCUUACAA